CGGAGACGCGCCGUUGCCAUGGCAGCCGGGUCCUGGCUGCCUAGGUAGCAGGUGCCGGGGUCUCCCUCACCUCCUGGUCAGAGCUAAGAAAGAGGAGGAGAGGAGAGCACCCCCGGCCAUCGCUGUGACCUCAGCCGCUGCAUCUCACAGCAUUAUUCCCUAACACACAGAAAAUGGAUGAAAAUAAAGAUACUGAUUCCAAAGAAACUGGAGAAUAUGAAGAUGACUUUGAAAAGGACCUGGAGUGGUUAAUUAAUGAAAAAGAACAAAGUGAUGUCAACAUAAUAGAGAUGGCUGGUGGGAAUGAAGAGAGCAUUAGCAAAGAGUUAAAAGAGAAUGAAACCGAAGCCGAACACACCGGACAGCUUUCUGAUCCCGACACAUCCUCGAGGGAAGAGGUUUCACCAAGAAGAAAGGACUUCAUUUCCGUACCGAGUAGCCAGUCUUUGGAACCCAUGUCAGAUUCAGACAGUGAAAACUCUUUCCAGGAAUCCAAACUGGAAAGCCAGAAAGACGUGGAGGAGGACGAGGAUGAGGAAGUGAGGAGAUAUAUUAUGGAGAAAAUUAUACAAGCCAACAAGAUUCUACAGAGUCAGGAACCCGUGAAUGAUAAGAGGGAGCGGAAACUGAAGUUCAAGGACAAAUUAGUGGAUCUAGAAGUUCCUCCGCUGGAAGACACCGACGACUACAAACAUUACUUUGAAAAUGAGAGUAAUGUGUCUGGGAAACUGUCACAGUUACGUAUUUCCAAUGGAUUUGGACAGGAAGGUGUGCUGCUGUCGCUCCCUGGCGGGGGCUGUGAAGAGGGCAAGGACAGGAAGAUACUGGUAGAGAGAGACGGGAAGUUUGAACUUCUGAAUCUGCAAGACAUUGAGAGUCAGGGGUUCUUGCCCCCCAUUAGCAAUGUCAACAGUUCAGAAAAUGAGGCUCAGCAGUCGUCGCCCAGGUCUUCCAGCUCAGCUCUCAGUGGUGUCAAGAAGGAAGAGCCUGCAGCAAGGAUCCAGGGCUCAUCCACAGAGGAGCCAGUGGCUUUCCGCCCUCAGUCGCCGCCCAACCCCAAGGCUCGGCCAAACUCCGCUGCCAGCUCAGAGCCCAGUAAGGGGAAUGGGAAGUCUAAUCACAGGAUACAGUCUGCCGGUGUAUCUCCAGUGACCUCAACGUAUUGUCUUUCUCCGCGACAGAAGGAACUGCAAAAGCGGCUGGAACAAAGGAGAGAAAAGCUGAAGAGAGAGGAAGAACAACGGAAAAUAGAAGAAGAGAAAGAAAAGAAAAAGGAGAACGACAUAGUGUUUAAAGCGUGGCUGCAAAAGAAAAGAGAACAGGUCGUCGAAAUGAGGAGAGUUCAGCGAGCAAAGGAAAUUGAAGACAUGAGCAGCAGAGAAAACAGAGACCCCCAACAAGCUUUUCGAUUAUGGCUUAAAAAGAAGCAUGAAGAGCAGAUGAAAGAAAGAAAGACAGAAGAACUACGAAAGCAGGAGGAAUGCUUGUUCUUCCUCCAGGGGACAGAAGGCCGUGAACGGGCCUUUAAACAGUGGCUACGAAGGAAGCGGGUGGAAAAACUAGUGGAGCAACAAGCUGUCAAGGAAAGGACUAGACAGUUGCGACUGGAAGCAAAGCGUUCCAGACAGUUGCAGAAUCAGUCAUAUAUGUCCGAAGCCAAAUCCUUCCGUUUUACUGAUCAUUACAACUGAAGGUAUCUAUUAAAUGCUUCAUUUUGAAGCCACAAUCCUCAGAAUUUUGGAUAUUAUUUUUUUAUGCUCAUGUGCUUUGGUUAUACUCUGAAUUAUGGAAAUGGUACAUAUCUUUUUGGUGAUGUUGACAGUGAUUUAUCCUUUCUUUUUUACACUAGAACAAAAUAAACUUCUUCUCUUGA